CGAUCGUAUGGACAGGAUUCAAACAGAACAGAGAACAUUGGGUGGUGUUGUGGCGUUUGGUGAGUUGAGUUCAUUCUCAACAUGUCGAUGCUGCUCAGGAAGGUGUGGGAAAGGGUGUUAUGGAGAUCUGAUUCUUCAACGUCAGCAUCAGCAUCAGCAUCAUCUUCAUCAUCAUCAUCACCACCAGAAGUGGCAUGUUCUGACAUGGGCGAGUUGGAGCUGCUACCCAGUGACAUCUUGAUGCACAUUCUGAGACUUUUGGGUCCAAAAGAGGCUGCAAAGUUGAGUGUGGUUUGCAAGGCUUUGAGAUCCCUUGUGUCUGAUAACAGACUUUGGAUUCACUUUCUUCAGACCCAUCAGGCUGAGCCCUCUGGGGAUUCUGUCUUCUUUGCUGAGACCACCUUGAGCUAUGGCUACCCUCUUCCGCCCUUUGCUGGCCAUUGGCCCCAACUAUCAUUCAAGCAUAUUUAUGGCCAGAGAGCACUGGUUCCUGGUUCUAUUAUCAUCGAUGGUGGUUCUGGCUAUUGCAAAUUUGGUUGGAGCAAAUACGCAUAUCCAUCAGGGCGUUCAGCAACAUUUUUGGAAUUUGGUAAUAUUGAGUCACCAAUGUAUACUAGGCUUCGACAUUUUUUUGCAACUAUUUAUAACAGGAUGCAGGUGAAACCGAAUAAACAACCAGUUAUUGUUUCUGUGCCAAUAUGCCAUUAUGAUGAUACCGAAUCAGCCAAAGCAUCUAGGCAACAGCUUAAAGAGGCAAUUUACGCUUCCUUGUUUGACAUGAAUGUUCCUGCUGUUUGCGCCAUCAACCAGGCCACUCUAGCUCUGUAUGCUGCAAAACGAACUUCUGGAAUAGUUGUUAAUAUAGGUUUUCAAGUCACGUCUAUAGUUCCAAUUUUAAACGGUAAAGUAAUGCGCAAGGUGGGUGUGGAAGUUGUGGGGCUGGGAGCACUGAAACUUACAGGAUUUCUUAGGGAGAAGAUGCAACUGAAUAAUUUAAGUUUUCAAUCUUUGUACACUGUUCGCACAUUGAAAGAGAAUCUAUGCUAUGUUGCACUUGAUUAUGAAGCUGAGCUAUUGAAAGAUACAAAAGCAUCAUUUGAAGCUGCUGGAGAAGGAUGGUUUACCCUUUCAAAAGGGAGGUUUCAGACAGCAGAGAUCCUAUUCCAGCCACAUCUUGCCGGAGUGCAAGCUAUGGGUCUGCACCAAGCCAUAGCUCUUUGUGUGGAACAUUGCCAUUCUGCAGAUUUAGCAUGUGACAGUGAUUGGUACAAGACUAUAGUCUUAUCAGGGGGGACUGCAUGCUUACCUGGUUUGGCUGAAAGGAUAGAGAAGGAACUCCAUGCCUUACUUCCUCCCUACGUGUCCAAUGGAAUUAGAGUCAUACCUCCUCCAUAUGGUGCUGAUACUCCAUGGUUUGGAGCAAAGAUUGUUGGCAAUUUGAGCACCUUUCCUGGUCAUUGGUGCGUCACAAAAAAGCAGUUCCGUCAGAAGCCUAGACUCAACCUCAUAUGGUGAUUGUUGUGAUACAAAAUUUAUUUCCUCAAUUAUGCACCCUCAUCCAAAGAGGCAACAACAGAAGAUGUGAAUUUUAGCAACUGCUUUUGUAUGUAUAAGUAUAUUAUGAUUUCCUUCUUGAAACGAAGCCUAUAGUUAACAUUCAGGUUGUUAAGAAUAAUGUAAUAAGAUUCAAGACUAAACCACAAGUGUGAAGAAACUGUUAAUAAUAUAGUUGAAGAGCAAAACCACAACGUGAGAGGUUUUUUGUAAUUAGAAAAAUGCCUAGACAUUGGAAUAAUGGAAUCCAUCUCUGGUUCUUCCAUUCAAUUUUAUGAAAUGAGAUGGUCCUUUUAAGAAUGCCAUAAACUUCGAAGAUGGCUUACUCUACGAAGUUUAAUUUUUCA